AUGCAAAAGAAAAUAGUCGUGUUGACAUUGAUCUACUAUUGGGUUGAAGCUACGCCCUUGAAUGCCGAUUCAGUUGAUUUUACGGACAUAUCUAAUUUGAAAUACGAAUCGAAAGACCUAGAAGACUAUUUGAACUAUCUUGAAGAUGAACAAACUAAUAAUAAUGCUAAAAAGAAAUCAUCGAAUAAAGGAUCAAAAGUGAACUACAAUAUAGAGGAUUUAAAAAAGUUUUUUAAAAGCCUUGGAUUGAAAGAUGAUGGUUCCUACGAUGAUAGCGAAAAGUACAGUUUUACCGAAGGAGCCGCAGCUAAAGCCGUGGGCAUUACAGGUAAAGAGAAUAGAACUUACAAAAAAGGAUCCAAAACAAGAGGUUUUCAUAGAGUUCAACACAAGGAUGAAUAUAAGAAGGAUAAAGAAUUCUAUGAAGACGACGAAGUUAGUGGUUCAAUAGAUAAAGUUGGCGCAAAAGGUUUCGGCUACGACGUAGCAAAAGGCAAUGGUUUUGAUAAAGGACGUUUUCAUCGCGUCAGGAAAACGGGCCUCUUUGGAAAACAAGGAUUUUCAGAUAAAGGAAAAGCUGAGAAAGAUUUUAGUGAUUAUGAGAAUAAAUUUGACAAGUAUUUGGACAGUGAUGAUUAA